AUGGUUGUCCAUUCUGAGAUUCUUUUGUCAAAGUGUGCGCAGUUUCGAGAGCAAGGUGAAUUCAUUGAUGUUCAUUUAAAAGUGGGUGAACAAGAUUUCUCAGCUCAUCGCAUUGUGCUCGCUGCCAGUAGCGAUUAUUUCCACGCCAUGUUUGCUCAUGGAAUGAAAGAGUCGAACCAGGAAGUGAUCGAGCUCAAAGAUGAAAGCAUUUCAGCAGCUGCCUUGAAGAUCGUGUUGGAUUCCAUCUACAGCGGCGAUCUUCAUGUCAACGAUGAAAACGUACUUGAUGUACUUGUCGCAGCCGAUCACCUCCAAGUUACAAGUGUUGUUCAACAGUGUUGUGAUUACUUGCAAACCCAGUUCGUUCAGCUUCGAUUUGACGUGCAGACGUAUUGUCAAAUUUGCACAAUUGCUGAUCGACACGGUCUGAAAGACCUACAGGAAGCUUCCCAAUGUAAGAUGGCCUCAAUUUAUAAAGAGAUCUGUGAAAAUGAAGAAUUCUUGUCUCAUUUCGACGCAGAUCAGCUCGCGAAACUUCUCAGUAGAGAUGACCUCAGUGCUCCUUCAGAGACAUUCGUCUUCAAAUCCGUGAUGCAGUGGAUCAAGCACAAGAAGGAAGAGAGGAUGGAAGUCGCGGCUAAAGUUAUCGGAGCUGUUCGACUUGUGCUGGUGGAUAUCAAAGAGGUCAUCCGAGAACUGAACACAGAGGAGAUGCAACGAGUGCCAGGGAUUCAUUUACUUUUGCACGAAUCACUGCUACAGUUUUGCAUGCCAUCUGUGAGUUCGACGUUUGCUGUGGAGAAAUCCAAAAUGCGUUCCACGAAUCUAGUAUGUGAAGCUUUCAUUGUCCACUUAUUAUAGCUUGUCAGUUAUUUCACUAGAAUGCCACCUUCAAAAUUAAAACAGAGUCAAAACAAACACAAUUGCAGGGGUGUAGCCAGGAGUUUUUCAGAGGUACGUACAAUUCUCCAAAUGGCUUUGCCCCCCCCCCGCAAAAAAAAAAAAACCUUCCUUGAUUGAAGAUUUGGCUACUUUGUAAACAGUAAGAGUUUUUCUGCAUGUGAAAUGACUGUAGCAACUUAUAAAAUAUAUAUUUGGGUCCACUGACUGAUGCACGUCAAUCUUCUAUCGUCAGGAAUCCGGAUAAUUUUGUUACUGGGUUCGUUUUGUCGUUUUUAAGCAGAUGCAGCACGUGAAUCUGAAUUGACAAGGUGCCGAUUUCGUCAAGUCUUGAUAGGUUUUAAAUCCGAAAUCCAAAGUGAAUCCGAUACUUUGUAAAUCCGCAAUAUUUUGUAGUGUAAACUAUUUUUCCAACUUAUCCGGUACUUUUCGGCAUUUGAUUAUACGAGUUGGCAGUAAAACCAAAAUGGAAAAAUGAAAAAAGUGCAUAUACCGGCUAAUUCGAAAAAGUGCAUAUGCCGGCCAUUUCAUGAAAAUAAUCGCCAAAAACGUUGUCAAAGUGAUAAAUAUUUGUCCUGAAAUUCUCCUCCAAACAUAAAAAGUGCAUAUACUGGCUAAUCAUCUUGCACGGAUGCAUUAUGAUUAUUACUAAACAAGAAGUUUUGGCAUUCUAAUUCCAAUCUAUUUUUAGUUCUUGUAUGCAUUUUUGUUGGAUCUUUGAUAAUUGUUUGAAUGCUUCUUGUUUAUUAUUCUCGUUAUAUCGUCUUUUAUAUUUAAUCCUUUUUCCAUCAACAGAUGCAUCUAUUUCUAAAUAGGAUCUUAUCGUGUCAUCUCUUAUUCUCCAUUUGUAAACUGUUUUUGAUUUUCCAUUGCUACUUUGAAUUGUGACAUCUUCAGUGUAACCUUCUUGACACCUUUAAUGUUUAUUAGUAACUCGCCAUAUUUUUGUUUGUAUUCCUCAAUAUAACUAUAUGCUGUUUUCUUAAGCCCCUUUUUAUCUUUGCAUGGACAAUUACAUAUUAAUCUUAUUUUUGGUUUAUCAUCACGAUAUUUGUAAAUUGCACUUUUUGGAUUGUUGCAAUGCUCAUGUAAUCGAUCUUCUAAUAAUUGUGUUGUUGAGCCUACAUAGUAAUUUGGAUACAAUUCAAAUGUGACCUCAUAUAUUUUACCAUUUUGAUAAUCUGAAUUGAAGUAUGAAUUUAUUAUAAUCAUGUUAUCCUCUUCGCGUUCUCGGUAUCGUUUACAUAUUUUUUUAUUGUCAAGAUGAAUAUAUUCCAGUUUUGUUGUUCUUGAUAAACUUGUACACAUUUCUUUGACAUCCAUCUUAUGCGCGCGUAUCAAAAAUAUUGUAAUGCUCAUCGAUUUUGCCACCUUGAUAUUUAUAAACUGUAUUGCAAAAAUUGGGCAAAAAUGAUUCUCUAAAUUCAUUCAAACUGAAUAGCUCAUCAUUUAUCACAAAUUCUAAAUUACCCUCAUUAUUCUCAUUUAUAUUUUAAAUUUUAAAUUCCAUCAUAUUAAACAUAUGUCUCUUUUUCAUAUUUUGUGCUGCGAUUACUGGUAUCGUAAUACAUACUUUAUAUUUUUCAAUUCGUGAUUUAUAUUUGAAAUUUAUUUCAUGAUGUUCUUUAUCUUUAACAAAUGUAUUACAACAAUCUUCUGUCACUGCACAUCGUGUUUCAUUCAACCAGCAUAUAUUUUUGUAAUAAUUACCGAUUGGUUCAAAUAUAUGACGUAUAUUUUUAUAUUUGAGAAAGUUAUUUAAUACUACCCUUGUCUCAUUAUCAUAUCGUGCCGAUUUUUCAAUGUAUUUCAUUUCAAUCCUUUUAGGACACAUUUCAGAAACUGAUAUUGAGUCGUCAAAAUAUAUAAUUAUGCCUUAUUGAUUUUGUACUAUUUAUUGGUUCACAUUGAUUUGUAUCGCCCCUCAUGAUUAUUGUAAUAUCGUGUUUGGUGAAUGCUUGGUAUAAUAAUGUUAUGUAGCGAUUUGGCGUCAUCGAAUACUCAUCAACGAAAACUAUUUUGUCCUUCAAAUCAUCAACACCUUUAAUCAGGGGCACCCAACGGCAAUUUUCGGGAAAAUAUCUGUUCGGAAGACGAUUUGAGAACUAGAAUUUUCGGAACAUUUGUUGUGAAAUUUCUUGCUUGCCUGCCUCUCCUAGGAUUUUCGAACAUCUACAAAAUGGUAUAAUUACCCAUUUUAAACGGAUAUUUACCCUAAAAAAGGCCACCUAGAAUUUUCGGGAGCCUUUUCCUGGCUGAAAUUUUCGAAAAGGUAAGUUUUGAUCCCUAUAAUUUUCGGAUCACUAGGCUUUCAGCUAGGAAAUCCGAACAGAUGGAAAGUUUUUAGGGGAUAAAAAUAUGCCUAUAUCUACCAUUUAAAUACUAAAAUACGUUCGACAAUGCUAUGUUAAGUGGUUUUGAACUAUAUCCUCGUUGGGUGCCCCUGUUUAAUUCCGUCAUAAAAAAAAUGACUCGAAUGUAUGACAUAUCUUAUUGACCUCAUCUUUAUCCUUUUUUGUUUCCAAACGAUUUUUGAUGUUUACGACAGCUUUAUUGGUAUGACUGAAUACAAGACAAUUAUCUUUAUGCUCAUAAAUUAACUCACAAAUUCGAUGUGUUUUACCACAACCAGCUUGACCAUAAUAAAUUUUGCCAGUUUUACUGACAUGGUCAGAAUAACUUUUGUAAUCUAAUUUUUCACGAAAUCGUUUAUCAAAGUAGACUGGUUUUGAAUUCGUAAUAAAUGGUUUACUGAUAUAUUAACUUGGAAUUUUACAUCAGAUUUAUUCUUAUAUGUGUGUUUUGGAUUAGUCAUGAAGAAUCCAUCAGUAUUUAUGCUACUAGAAAUGCAAUUUCAUCUAAAGAAAAAAGACAAAAACAAACAAAAAAGCCACAAGAGCUUGUUUGAAAGUUUGUAGAAAACCUUGACCAGCUACGAAAGAAGAUUAAGUGUUGUUUCUUCAUGAUCGCGAAGCCAUUCGCCGAUCGAGUCACUCGCCGAUAGAUAACUGCGGCUUGUUUAUCCGACAUCAAGAAUAUAAAUCACAAGUAACCAGCUACAAAUACAGGCUAUGUAGCCAUUGACUAGAGCAAUCGAGGCGGCAGUAUAGCUUCUUUUCUCGUUCAGCAAAACCAGCUUGUGGCUUCAAACAACUUCAUAACAAGCGACCGAGGUAAUAGUUUUUCUUCGUUGUUCUUACUUUUAUAACUGCACCGAAAAUCCAAAUUCACAGUAAUUUCUACGGCUGUCACUUAAAAAUUCUUUUCCUUCACAUUAUCUGCCAGGUUUUUUUAGCUGUUCUUCUGAGUAAAAUCCUAGAAUCGUGUUCUAUCGCUACAAUGUUUUGAUUUUUCAUUCAUGCAGUCCGAGGCGAGUCCGUUCGCACGUUGACAGUUUUGAUAGACGUGUGACAUGUGAAUAGCGGAAGUCCCUUGUCUUUUCCGGUUUGUUCUAGCGAGAUUUUUUGGGCGUUUUUAAUAAAACAAUUAUUCCACUCGCGCUUGUUGGAUAUGAGAUGAUUAUAGCCAACUCGGCGCUACGACCCUCGUUGGCUAUCUAUCAUCUCAUAUCCAACGAGCCCUCGUGGAAUAAUUGUUAACUAUCAUACAACAUAUCCAAUUUCCCAGCCAGGUUUCCUUGUAUUUACAACAAAAAUGCAUACAAGAACUAACAAUAGAUUGGAAUUAGCAUGCCAAAACUUCUUCUUUAGUAAUAAUCAUAAUGCAUCCGUGAUGGGUGCAAGAUUAUUAGCCAGUAUAUGCACUUUUUAUGUUUAGAAGAAAAUUUCAGGACAAAUAUUUAUCACUUUGACAACGUUUUUGGCGAUUAUUUUCAUGAAAUGGCCGGCAUAUGCACUUUUUCGAAUUAGCCGGUAUAUGCACUUUUUCAAAAUUGAACACUUCAAAAAUAGCAAAAAUGGCCCAAAAUGUGACCCUAAUUGACGGAAUAUGCACUCUUUUAUGGCGGAAAAAUCGCCAGGAUCUGUGUCGUAGUUAUAACCACUAACCGACUAACCUCUUUUGUUCGAUAUUCUCCGGGGCCCCCAGGGGUUUUGCAUAUACUGUAGGAAAAAAUUUAGGCUAUGUUUAUGCUACACCGGAUAGCUUUUGUGCCGGCAACCAUACCGGAUAGGGUUUCUGUUCACGCAUAAGAACGGUGAUUUCGGCGCGAUUUCUGUAACGGAGCGAAGCUGCGCCGCGCCGAUCUCAGUAUAAAGGGGAAAGUCGCAUACAGUAUAGCUUUUAGUGACGGCACGAAAAGCUAUCAGGUAUAGUGUGAACAUAACCUUAAAGAUGAAGAGAGGGCGUUGAAAUGGUAAAGAGAAUUGGAAUUGGGAUUUGCCGCUUUUAAAAUAGAAAAAUGGGAUUUGAGUAUAACCGGUACUAGGAUUUGACCACGUAUCUUUACCACAAGGAUUUGGAUUUGUGGCAUACGUCGAGAUGGGACCCUUGAAUCUAGGCAAAAUCUGGGCUAGGAAAAAGGGAGUUGUGCCCCCUUCCUCUUCAACAGCAAUUGUCGGUGUGCUUGUUAGUGUGCUUGUUGACUCGUCUUGACCUACAAGUGGCCAUCUCAAAACGACAAAUUAACAAGCAACAAAUGUUGCGGCAGCCGUAAAGAAACCCACACCAUUGUUGUUCUUCUGGCUCGUCCAUCUCAUUAUGUUCUUUCUAACGCUGGGUUGGAUGUCCGAAAGGAACGUAAGCUCGGUUGGAGGCUGCGGGAGACCCAACUAACGGAUCUUUAAUUUUUUCUUCAGCUCCUUGUUGCUGUUUCUCCUGGACCUCGCAUUGACUACUUUAAUUUUGAACUCAAAAUCUGGAAGCCACUGGGAAUGUCAGGAGAAAGAACGGAACCUAAAGGAAUAUCACAUUACUGUGCACAGACUGUUGGUAAUAGUUUGUAUGUUGCAGGAGGUCGCCUCCAUUACCCUGACACUGAUUUUAUUUCUUGCUAUGACUUGAAAAGAAAGGUGUGGAAAAAACACCCGUACUCUGUUGGAGCAAUCAGCAACAUGUGUACUGUAGGAGAUUACAUGUAUACAUUUGGUUCUGAUUGUCAAAAGCCUCCUCAGCGGUAUAGCUUGGCUGAGGAUCAAUGGCAGAGUUUUGCAUCAAACGUCAAGGGUACGGAGGGGAUGUACGUUUACAAUAGUGGAGCAACAGUACUUCAUUCUAACGUGUUUGUUCUUUAUGGGAAAAAAUGUUAUAAAAAAGGUUGGUUUGUGCAAAAUGCCUCCCUACAUUGUUUUGAUCCGGCGAGAAAUGCAUGGGAAAAAAAAGCUUCCACCUGCCACCCUCAUUUUGGGUCCAAUCUUCUUAUAGUGAACAAUAAACUUUAUGUAGCAGGGGGUAUGGUUGAUAUUAUUCCCAGCGGUUUACUGUGUGGUAACCCAGCACCAGUGGAAGUGUAUGAUGAAGAAAACAACAAGUGGUCGGUUGUUGACCAAAAACAUAUUCCAGAAAACAACCUUGGUGCAGUGGAAUUAGAUGGGAGGGUUUAUUUCAUCAUCAAUAAAUUUCCAGUUGAUAGUGGUAUAAGAAUCCCACCAGGGGAGGUGUAUCCUGUUUCCUUGCACAAAUGGGAAAAACUAGGGAACAUAUCCGAGGCAGCCGCCCUCUGUUAUGCGCCAAUAAAAAAAGAGGUUAAAACAGGGUAA